CUCUCUCUCUGUCCCUGUUUCGGAUAGACAGAGUGGCUGCCUGUUGGAUCUCUGCCCUUCCCUGUUUUCCUCUUUUUUUCCUCCGGACAUGGAGAUCAAAGGCCCAGAGACUCCCAGCAUCCAACAGCAGAUGGAGGGCUGCCACAGACUACCAGCAAGCCAAACUAAGUCUCAUUCCCCGAAAGCACUGCAGCUGCCGGAGUAGUUUCCUCCUGAGUUUUCUGCCCACCUGUGAUGAGGGGAAACACAGAAGUGAUACCUUUUUCCUGGUUGAUUUUAAUGUUUUCUUCUGAUCGCAGCCUCGUCCUGUGCACAGAGCUCCAGGCUCUGAACUCUGAGUCUCCACCCCCUUUUUCUCUUUCACUCGUUCAGCUGUCACUCUGUCUGUCACCCUCAGGAUAUCCCCUUCCCUCUUUCUAGGGUUUCAUAAUGCAUCAGGAUCUCAUUCAAAGGCACGGGUGGAUUUCAUCCCCCUACUUUCUACUUUAGUAUUGAGUGCUACUUCAGCAUGAAUCAACAGACUGGGGUCAUGGAAAUAAGCGAAAGGUCACAGGCCAGUGCCUCACAGAGCCUCGAACUAAACUUUGAAUAACUAGAUACAGAAAUAUUGUUUGAUUUUUGUCCUUUUUUGGCACUGUUUUUUAAGCUGAGGCAGUUUUUUUUCGAAAGCAGUUUUGUAUGUGUGUUUCUUGGAUCUAUCACAUUUACAAUCAUGGGAAAUGCAGCAGGCAGCAUGGAGGUAGCCCAGGGGAAGGAGGGCAAGGCGGUGUCGGCCCCCCCUGGUUCCACGGGCUCCCAGAAACGAACCGCCAAACUCCCGAUGCCACCUGAGGAAGAACUGGAGCAACGCUUCGGUGCAGUGCUGAAUACGAUGAAUCUUCCUCCAGACAAGGUGAAGAUCCUCAGUCAGUAUGACAACGAGAAGAAGUGGGACCUGAUCUGUGACCAGGAGCGGUUUCAAGUGAAGAAUCCACCAUCUGCCUAUUUGGAGAAGCUGAGAAGUCAUCUGGAUCAUGGAGGAGUCAGUCGGAAGUUUAAGAGACGUGUCCAGGAGUCCACUCAGAUCCUGAGAGAGUUGGAGAUUUCCCUGAGGACCAAUCACAUAGGCUGGGCUCAGGAGUUCCUAAACGAGGAGAACCAAGGCUUAGAUGUUCUUGUGGAUUAUCUGUCCGUUGCCCACAGAGUUGUCACGUAUGACGUGGACACUUUGGAGAAUGGCACGCUGCCCACAGACAAAAACAAGACUGCGGACAAGUCAGUGGAAGAUCUGAACAGAAGUGCCAGCAACUCACCUAGUCACAGUGCCUCGAAGGCCAGCAAGGCCUUCACAGUCAGGAAAGGCCUGAGGAGUUCUCGUGUUGUGAGCCAGACAGAUGACGUUCAUCUCUGCAUCAUGUGUUUACGUGCCAUCAUGAACUAUCAGUCUGGGUUCAACCUGGUGAUGAAGCACCCCUGCUGUGUCAACGAGAUCACGCACAGUCUCAACAACAGAAACCCGAGGACCAAGGCGCUGGUGCUGGAGCUGCUGGCGGCCGUGUGUUUGGUGAGAGGAGGCCAUGACAUCAUCGUCUCCGCCUUCGACAACUUCAAAGAGGUGUGUGGAGAGAAAAGUCGGUUUGAGAAGCUCAUGGAGUAUUUCUACCACGAAGACAGCAACAUCGACUUCAUGGUGGCCUGUAUGCAGUUCAUCAACAUCGUGGUCCACUCAGUGGAAAACAUGAACUUCAGAGUCCACCUGCAGUAUGAGUUUACUCGUCACGGUCUGGAUGACUACCUCGAGAGGUUGAAGUUCACAGAGAGCGACAGGCUGCUGGUGCAGAUUCAGGCCUAUCUGGACAAUGUGUUUGAUGUGGGAGCUCUGCUGGAGGAUGCUGAGACCAAGAACACUCUGCUGGAGCACAUGGAGGAGCUGCAGGAGCACAACACACAGUUGAGCUCCAGGCUUCAGGAGAGUGAGCAGGAGGCGAUGGAGAAAGUGUCAGAAAUGGAGAAGAAGCUCAUUCAGAACACAAAGGAAGUGGCACUCCUAAAGGAGAGUCUACGUGAAUCCUGCUCGCAGGUGACUCUCCUGCAGCUGCGAGAGCGGGAGAGAGAGCUAGAGUGUGAGAGAGAGAGAGAGAGAGAGCGAGACAAGGAUCGGUCCACCCAGGCCCUGAGGGAGCUGGAGGUUAAAGUCCAGGCUCUGGUGGAGCAGGGGUUGGUCCGGAUGGAGCGCUCCGCUUCCGGACACCUGGACAUCCAGGUGGUCCCUCUCAUCCAGCACCAGAAAGCUAAAGACGAAGCAGAUUCAGGUAAAGACCACGAGGCCUCUCCCCCCUCCUCAGACCCUCAGCCUCCCCUCUCUCUGCAGUCGGCGACAGUGCAAGCUGCUCCUCCUCAUCCUCCUCCAGGCUCAACUGGAAGUCAUCCUCCUCCUCCUCCUCCUCCACCACCUCCACCUCUAGCUCUUCUUCUAGGCUUAACUGGAACUCCUCCUCCUCCACCUCCACCUCCACCAGCGGCUCCCCCCUUCCCACUGCUGGGUGGUACGACCCAGCCAUUAGGGGAUGUGACUCAUGGCAGCUCAGGUUGUAAAAAGAAGAAGCCUAUUCAAACCAAAUACCGCAUGCCCCUGUUGAACUGGCAGGCCCUUAAAUCCAACCAGGUGGCAGGAACCAUCUUCAACGAGCUGGACGAUGAGCACGUCUUAGAGGAGCUUAACAUGGCGACUUUUGAGGAGCAGUUCAAGACCAAGGCCCAGGCCGCCCCUGUCGAGCUGGGGACCCUCAAGAUGAAACUGGCCCACAAGACGCCCAGUAAAGUGUCUCUAAUGGAGCCCAACCGGGCCAAAAACCUGGCCAUCACCCUGCGCAAGGAAGGAAUGGCUGCAUCUGAUAUCUGCUGUGCAAUCGAGACGUACAACCAGAGAGCUCUGAGCCUGGACUUCCUCGAGCUCCUGGAGCGUUUCAUCCCCACGGAGUACGAAAUGAAGCUCAUCCACAACUACGAGUGUGAGGGCAGGCCACCUGACGAGCUCAGCGAGGAGGACCGCUUCAUGAUGCGCUUCAGCAAGAUCCCGCGGCUUUCCCAGCGCAUCAGCACUCUCACCUUCAUGGGCAAUUUCCCUGAGAGCGUUCAGCUAAUACAGCCGCAACUGAAUGCCAUCAUCGCCGCCUCAAUGUCCAUCAAAUCUUCCAGCAAGCUGAAGAAAAUCCUUGAGAUCAUAUUAGCGUUCGGAAACUACAUGAACAGCAGCAAGCGAGGGGCAGCGUACGGCUUCCGCCUGCAGAGUUUAGAUUUGCUGUUAGACACCAAAUCUACGGACCGAAAGCAGACGUUGCUGCACUUCAUCGUCAGCAUCAUCCAGGAGAAAUACCCGGAGGUCCAGUCCUUCUACACAGAGCUGCACUUCCUGGACAAGGCGGCGCUGGUUUCCCUGGACAGCAUCCUGCAGGACGUGCGAGCUCUGGAGCGCGGCAUGGAGGUGAGCAGGAGGGAGCUCAGCGUGGAAAAAGACAAUCCUGUGCUGAAGACGUUUCUCAGCAGCAACACUAACCUGCUCAACUCGCUCACAGUGGACGGAAAAACUGCCCAGGAUGCGUACGACUCCGCUGUGGAGUACUUUGGAGAGAACUCUAAGACCACUCCGCCCUCUGUGUUCUUCCCUGUUUUUGUCAGGUUCAUCAAAGCAUACAAGCAAGCUGAGCAGGAGAACGAGCAGAGGAAGAAACAGGUGCUGAACUGUGAAGCUCCAUCAACUCCACCUAAAUCCAAAGUCAGUGGGAAUAAGGUUUGCGUGACGUCCAAACUGCCACAGAUGGAUCUGAUCGCGGAGCUGAAGAAGAAGCAGGCGUCUCCUCUGGUGAGGGAGGGGAAGGACGGAGCCAUCGAGGACAUCAUCACAGCUCUUAAGUCCGUGCCCUUCACGGCCCGCUCUGCCAAGCGCUCCUCUCGCCUCUACUGCGACUCCGUCUUCAGCGACGAGAUUUAAGGAAUCAGCCCUACAGGCGGACAGACGGAGGCCGACGCAGCGCCAAGUGGAAACCAGGACAACAGCUCCACGUGUCCUCAGACAUCUCCCUCUGAAAAACACUGCACACCACACUGAAAGCUUUCAACUGCAAGAGCACAACGUUUAACCCACUGUGGCAGCCAUCUUACUUCCUCAUGCAUGUUUAAGAAUGCAGAGGUGAAAAUGCAUGUUUUCAGAAAGUCAAACUGUUCCCUGACACACAAACUCUUUGUGUUACAGCGAGGCAUCUUUCUGUAUAAAGUCAAAACUUGGAUACACUUGGUCGGUGACUCGUCAUAGCUGAGGGCGUGGCCUGUGGCGGAGUCGCCGUGGGGGAAAACAAUCCUUUCCCUCUGACCGAAUAACAUAGCGUUAACCCAGUAUGGACUACUCAAAAGCACUUUUACCGCUUGACAGAGCAAGAUACAUUCAAAAAACUGAGCUGUAUUGGGUUGGAUUGUCCGUAAAUUUAAAUUCCGUGUAACUGUUACAGUUUGUAGCAGCGACGUCAGUGGUAUUAACACCGGCUCCGUCUGUCUAUUCGACAGUAUAUCAAACUUCAGAUCAGGAUUUUUUUCAAUUUAUUGAGAACGCCACACAGCAACUUUUCGGCAUUGUACCAAGCAAAAAAAACAACCGUAAAUAUGACAAAGAUUAAAGAUGAACCACUAACAAGGUCUACGCUCAUUAAUUAGAAUGGUUUGUUUUCCCCCUAAUCAUAAACGGAAGUGACGUUUUAGUGGGUGUUCCCAGUAAUGCCGACCAAGUCUAUGAUUGUUGAAACGUUCUGUGAUUUGAAUAAUCAAAUGUUUAAGAGGGUGAAUAUUCUCUAGGCUUGAUCCUAAUGACACUGAAUGUCCUCUGAGCUGAGCCGUAACAAGAGCGCUUCAUUAACGCUGCUCGGCUAAAAGUGAAUAUUCAAAGGCAUUAAAAACAAACUUUGAGGGACAGACCACUCAUAAAUCAUUUUAAUAGUUUUCUUAAAAAAUGCUCAAGACAUGACUUUUUAAUUGGUUUCGUUUUAAAUAGAAAGAUGGACAGCGGUAAUUGAUGUUCUGUCUCAUAGGAGGUAUCAAAGAUUUAGGCCGAAGAUUUGUAAUAUAUUUAAAUUAUUUUUAAUACUGAAGUGUAAGAAUGAGUCACUUCUACAGUACGUUGCUUCUGCAUUUCAACAAAUAAAGCAUUUUAUACUCUUA